AGGAAACCCAUAAACCCUCUCGCACCUGACAGUGCAAGAGUUCCCAGACACCACUGACUCACUGAGUGUGUUCUAAUUUACAUAUUUUAUAUAUAUUUAUAAUAUAUCAAAAUCUCAUGUAAAAUAACCAGAUCUCCUUACCUUGCAAUGAAACACCCUCGCCGAGCUCCAAUCCCGCUGCGUAGAAUGACGAUCAGAGACGCUUUGCUGUGCUUCUUCAUCGUAAUCCAUUAUUUUUCAGCUGCUUCCGCUGAUUCCAUCCACGGCUGUGGCGGAUUUGUCGAGGCUAGUACGUCUUUGAUGAAGUCGAGGACGACGAAUGCUGCGAAAUUGGAUUAUUCUCAUAUCACGAUUGAGCUUCGCACGGUGGAUGGACUGGUAAAGGACAGAACUCAGUGUGCUCCCAAUGGCUACUACUUCAUUCCAGUAUACGACAAGGGUUCUUUGGUAAUUCAAAUAAAUGGACCAGAAGGAUGGGCGUGGGACCCAGAGAAGGUUCCUGUUGUUGUUGACGAUACUGGUUGCAAUGGCAAUGAAGAUAUAAAUUUCCGUUUCACAGGGUUCACCAUUUCUGGUAAGGUGGUGGGAGCUGUGGGUGGAGAGAGCUGUGCUCUUAAGAAUGGAGGCCCUUCAAAUGUAAAAGUUGAACUUUUGUCUCCUAAUGGCGAUCUCGUCUCUUCUGUCUUGACAUCAUCAAUGGGGAGUUACUUGUUCACAAAUAUACUUCCAGGAAAAUAUGAAUUACGUGCUUCGCAUUCUGAUCUGAAAGUUGAAGUUCGAGGCUCCACAGAGGUGGAAUUGGGGUUUGGAAAUGGUGUAGUUGAUGACAUUUUCUUUGUCCCUGGGUAUGAUGUCCAUGGCUUUGUUGUUGCUCAGGGAAAUCCAAUAUUGGGAGUUCACAUGUAUUUAUACUCAGAUGAUGUCUUAGAGGUAGAUUGUCCCCAAGGUUCUGGUAAUGCCCCUGGACAAAGAAAGGCUCUCUGUCAUGCUGUAUCCAAUGCUGAUGGAAUGUUUAUGUUUAAAUCAAUACCCUGUGGAAGAUACGAGCUCAUACCUUUCUACAAGGGUGAAAACACAGUAUUUGAUGUUUCACCUCCCAUUGCAUCAGUGAUUGUUGAGCAUCAACAUGUGACAGUUCCCCAAAAGUUUCAGGUCACUGGAUUUUCUGUUGGGGGCCGUGUAGUUGAUGGAAAUGACGUUGGAGUGGAGGGUGUUAAAAUUAUAGUUGAUGGUCAUGAAAGGUCUAUCACUGACAAACAAGGAUUUUACAAGCUCGAUCAGGUUACUUCCAAUCGCUAUACAAUAGAGGCCAUAAAGGAGCAUUACAAAUUCAACAAACUGAAGGAUUAUAUGGUAUUGCCAAACAUGGCUUCAGUUACUGAUAUUAAAGCAGUUUCCUAUGAUGUAUGUGGUGUAGUUCGGAUGGUUAGUGCUGGUUUCAAGGCAAAGGUAGCUUUGACUCAUGGACCAGAAAAUGUCAAACCUCAAGUGAAACUGACUGAUGGAAGCGGAAAUUUCUGCUUUGAGGUUCUACCAGGUGGAUACCGCUUAUCUGCUAUGGCAGCUACGCCUGAGAGUGCUCCUGGACUCAUGUUUUUGCCAUCGCAUGUUGACAUUGUUGUCAAAAGUCCAUUGUUGAAUGUUGAAUUUUCUCAGGCACUAGUCAAUGUACUUGGUACUGUAGCCUGCAAGGAGAACUGUGGCCCGUUAGUUUCUGUUACCCUUGUGAGAUUCGCUGGUAAACGCAAUGAAGAGAGAAAGACAGUUACUUUGACUGACAACAGCAGUGAAUUCCUCUUUUCAAAUGUCAUCCCUGGACAAUACAAGCUUGAGGUCAAACACAACUCCCCAGAAGGAGUGACAAGGGAAGAUAAUUGGUGCUGGGAGCAGAGCUUCAUUGAUUUGGACGUUGGUGCUGAGGAUGUAGAAGGAAUUGUAUUCGUUCAAAAAGGUUACUGGGUUAAUGUUAUCUCCACCCAUGAUGUAGAUGCUUACAUGACUCAAGAAGAUGGGUCACCUGUAAAUUUGAAGAUUAAGAAAGGUUCCCAGCAUAUAUGUGUAGAAUCUCCCGGAUUGCAUGAACUUCAUUUUGUUAACUCAUGUAUUUUCUUUGGGAGUUCAUCAAUGAAGAUUGAUACAUUCAACCCUUUGCCCAUCUAUCUGAAAGGAGAGAAGUAUCUACUUAAAGGACGGAUCAAUGUUGAAUCUAGCACACUUGAUGGUGCAUAUGAAGUACCCGAGAGUAUUGCUGUGGACAUUCUGAACAGUGGGGGCAGUGUUGUUGAUGGUACCACAGCUAAACUUAGUUCCAAUGACAAUGAUCAAACAAGUGCUGCCAUUUAUGAGUUCUCUGUAUGGGCUAAUCCUGGAGACAAACUUACCUUUGUUCCUCGGGACUCAAGGAAUAAUGGGGCGAAGAAGAUCUUGUUUUAUCCUAGACAACGUCAUGUCUCGGUGACAAAUGAUGGUUGUCAAGCUUCCAUUCCUCCAUUUUCUGCUCGGUUGGGCUUAUAUAUUGAAGGAUCCGUUUCUCCUCCUCUUUCUGGUGUUGAUAUUAGUAUUCUUGCUGCUGGAGAUAGCCACAUUGCUGCCCUUAAGAACAGUGAAUUAGUACUUGAAACUACCACAAAGAUGGAUGGAUCCUUCAUUGCUGGACCUUUAUAUGAUGACAUAACGUAUAGCGUUGAGGCUUCGAAGGUAGGGGCCUCAGGGGCGAGGAUUUUUGAAACAAGCAGCAGGAAAAAGAAGGUGAUCUUCCUGAAGAGGGAUGAAUUAGUAUGGCUGGGGCGUAUAGUGGGGGAGUUGGUGGCAGUAGAAACAUCUGAAGUAUUUUGGGAUCAAUCCAGGGCAGGGUAUCCACGGAUUAUCGCGCAGAAAUGCUCCAAUAGACAUGGGCGAUUUUUGACAAUAGAAGAAUUUGAUGGAAGGCAAAGGAGCGGCUCGAUCAUCAUCCCAGAAGGCCGAUAUGGUCAAGGGUGGAAACGUUUUAUAUCGGAGGUGCGUCGGGCAAAGGAUUUCUUCUGUGAAAUCAGGGAGGCAAAGGAAGGUAAGAAGGCCAAGGAGGGGGUGGAAAGGAGAAGUUAUGUGGAGGCAUUGGGUGUUUCGGUGCAACCGGCAGAGGAUUGCUUCAACUCCUUUCCAGAGCCGAUAGCAAAGGUUCCAAGGAGGCUGAAAGAGGCUUCGGUAGAGAUGGACAAUCAUUUUCAUAUGUCCGGCAAGCGAGGGCUGGGGUCGCAAGCUCCGGCGAGGCCUGUCGACGGUUGUGAGGAGGGAACUAUGAAGAACCAUCUGACUGCUGUGGCGGGAAACUGCAACCCAGAGGUAGGGGGAAUGGCAGGAGAGGUCAGCAGGAUGCCGGUGAGCAGAGGCAAUUCUCCGGUGAGCAGUCGGUACUCUUCGGCGAGACAGUCAGCCUCGAUAUUUGUUGCUGAUCACGUGAAGGGUCAGGAGAGGGAUGGUUGCCACGACGAGCAGGAUUUCUUACGUGUUGAAGUUGAGCUCAUUAAUGCUAGGGAGUUGUUGUGCAGACUGAGAGGUGAGGUCGACGUGGGUUUGAAUAGGCUUGACUUAGCUAUUAAAAAUAUUGAGGGCAGGAGCCGUCCUUCUAAGUUUGAUGGGCUUCGGGAAGGGGUUUCGGUUAGAGGGGAUAAGUCUGAAUUGGUGAUGGCCCAGCCCAUGUCGUUACAGGGUGGGUGGUCCAAGCUGGUUCAGAAGCAGCCUCCUCAACCGGUGCAGAAGUAUUUUAGGAAGAAGCUUGCAAGGCCCACUCGGGUAUUUGGUAUUGGGCCGGGCCCGGCGAGUGAGACCCUGGCAGUGCAAGACUGUUCUUUUAUGGAGGGUGUGACGAGGCCUUUGGUGUUAGGGGAGGGCUCGGGCGCAGGGUCGAAGCAGGUGGGUGUGCCGGAGCUCGUGGCGGGUGGUCCAAGUUCUCCGGUGGGUUCUGUCGGUCUUCCGGUAACUUCUGCGCCUAGGUCGAUGUCCGACGCCAGGGACGGCCUUGUCCCUCCUAUGUCGAGCGUUCCUGUGAUCACGGCUGAGGCGCCGAUGAAGGUAGGAGAGACUGGAAAGGAGUCGGCGAGGUUGAUUCCGGCGAAGGUUGUUAGUCAGGGUGACGCUCCGUUGGUGGGCAGCUCUGGUCAGGCUACGUUGACGCCGGGUCUGUGCGUUUCUGUCGUGGGGCUUCCGGCGAAGGUUCAGGUCACUCCCUUCGUUACUGAUGCUCUUCCUCUGCCCGGGACUGACCUUUCUGUUCAGAGCUUGCCGAGGAGAGUGUCGAGCACGCCUGAUUUGGGGAUUUUGGGGAAGGAGCCUGACAUUAGGGUGUCUUCGGCCGGUAUUUUGGUAAGCUCCGUUACUAGUUCGAUGCCCGGCGACAAGGAGGCCAACGGCGUUUCUCUACCAAUGGAUCCUGCUCCUCUUAGUCAUGCUGUUCAGUGUUCCCCUAAGGGGGGUUCGUGUGUCCCUGCUACAGGGAUUUUGGGAAAGAUGCCUGGCGAGUGGGUGCUCCCUGGGCUCGCUAUCGAUGGCUGUGAGGAGUCCGGGAGGGAGGAUUUAAUGGGAAGCAAUCCAGCUGAUCAGUCCCUGGGUGGUUCUGUGUUGGGUUUGCUGAGCAAGGAACCGGAGUUAAGAGUGACACCGAUUGAUAGUGGGGGUAGGGAUCCUUCUGCAGUAGAGGUUUCUACCACCCAGGAGUCUUUUGUCCCAAAUUCUUGUCCUGAGGAGUCGCUGGAGGAGCAGGAGAGGGUCUUUAUCACUAAGGCCUGCAAGGAAGUCGGUCUUUCUUGUGACGGAGAAGAAGGAAAGUUUGAGGAGACUAUCGGGUUAUUGAUGGCUGCCAAUAAAGGCAAUGAGUCGGAAAGGGAAGAGGGUACUUCUACAGCCAAAAAAGGUAAGAGGGAGCUUUAUCUUUUGCAGUCCUCUGCCAAUUUUAUGGAGUAUUCUGCGAGGGACGGGAAAAAGGGGAGGGCCAGGCGAGUUAAAUUAUGA